UCGAGUAAAAAAAGGAAAAGGACAGUCGACAGCAGCGAAGAUCAUCAUGUGAUUCUUACUAAGAUCAAUCCUGGUGUAGACUGUUUGUAGUUAUUAAACAGAAGCUCUGCUUAGAGUAAAGAGUUCUAUGCCACAAAACUAGAUGCACAGCCAAAUAGGAUUUAGCUGAUUUUAAACAAGAUUAGGAUUUCAUUUAUGAAUUUGAAAAGAGCUGAUUUGGUGUGAAGGUGAUACUCUUGAACAUAGAACUUGUAUAAGAAACAAAAUAUAACAUUAACAAGAAAUACCAUCUAAUUCAUUGUUUUAUGGGAUAUGUACAUGUAUGUACCGUUAUAUUAUAUCUGAGUACCUAGUAACAAGUAUAACUAACAUAACACUAUGUGACGCUAUAAGUAUCCAACUGAUUUCUAUAUUACCGGUUGAAAAAGAUACUGCAGAUAUUUUGGUGACAUUGCGUUAACAUGAUUCCUGUGGAUUACUUUACUUAAAAAUGACUGGACUGUAAAAAGAGACAGAGACAUGGAUACAAAACGGACAGUGUGCUAUUUGCUGUUUAGGCUUCUGCUGCCAGUUACUCUGCUUGCAGCAUGUGUAUUCCGGAUCAACCUCCUAUCAUUAGUGUAUGGCCUUCUGCUACUGGUGGCCCCUCUCAUACAAAGCCCAUCAAGGUCAACAAUGCAAGGCUCUACCAAACACUAUCUGAUUGUGGUCCUGAGCUUCAGUGUCAUUGCAGUUGUGGCUCAAAUAUGUUUCCAAAUCUACUUGGGUGCAGGGAUGUCUCCUUAUGGAUCAGAGUUCACAAACUGUUCUACAAAGGAACAAAUCGCAAGAGAAGUUGGGUUCCAGCGUUACGACACAGCAUCUCUUGUCAAUAUAUUCCGCCUGGUUACACCUGAUGUUGGCAUGCUGAUUAUUUCCGCCAUUGUAUUUGGCAUCUCUAAGGGGCUCCUCCCACAACAAGAGAGCCAAUCAGAACUCCCAACAAUAAGCCGUCAACCCUCAACGAGCAGAAGCCACACCAUCCUUGGUUACCUGGGAGAAUUUUUAAUGGUGCUUUUCCUGGCAGCAUCUGGGAUCGCACUGCCAUCUAUUCUUAAUGGAAUUUAUUUUUUAACAUUCCUUGGUAUAGCCACCUGGUGGUCAUUUUAUAGAUCACUAGGACGUGUGUUUGCAUACCUGCGCUGUAUUCUUCUGGUGUAUACUGGACUGCAUAUGACAGUGCUCUAUCUCUCACAGUUCCAGACAUUCCAACAGAAGGUUCCAUAUGAAAACCUGUUUGCAAGAAUAUUUGGAGUAAGUCCUAUAAUACAGACAAAUUGCGACAGGCCUUGGGAGAUAAACUUCCAUCCAAAUGUGAACUGGCCGCACUUUGCCAAUCUUGGAGUCAUCCUGGUUCUUUACUACAUCCUGGCAUUUGAGACACGUCGCUGGUGUCACAAACCAAUGAACUUUGUGCAUGUCAAGCAAAGUUCUCGCUAUGUGUACAAGGGGCCCUGUGAUGAAGUGUCGUCUGCUUCUCUAAGCCAGAAUGAGGCAGGCUCUAUGACUGUGGUGUCAGGAUUUGGCGAUGAUGUCACAGGUUCACCUAGCCUCGGGAGUCCAUCAUUACUAGCCCCGCCUAAACGAACGAAGCGUCGUAAACGAUCUGACGAGCGUCAGUCUCUCAUAGAUGAAGCGGAACGAGGUAAAACUUAUAGCUCAAUAGAGGAAAGGAGUGAGGGUGCUGGAACAGCCACUGCUGAUGAUGUUGAAUCAGAAGGGGAGCAUACAGUAGAUGGAACAGUCAAGAAAUCGUAUGAAAAGAGGUCACCCGUGGUCUCUGUAUUUGUGUUUCUCAUGAAACAAAGCUACGUCUGUUCCUUGAUAGUCAUGAUGGUUUGGAGCAUAACAUAUCAUUCCUGGCUGACCUUCGUCUUCUUGCUAGGGGCUUGCCUUAUAUGGAUGUACCCUAGAUCACGUGACCUCUACCUGACCUUGUCCCCUGUUGUCCUAUUCUACGCCAUAGGGCUACUGAUCAUACAGUAUGUGUACGGGAUGAACCUCAGCGAAGAAGAGCUUCCCACAGAGGCAAAUGGCUACAAAUUUGCCCAGAUUGGAUUGGUUAAAUAUGACCCAUAUCCCAUGGCCUGUCUGCAUCUAGCUCUUAAGUGUGUUUUCACUGUUAUGUUUUGGUUGACAUUACGUCAGUCAAUGAGAGAGCGUCAGAUGAGGCGUGAUGAUGCCUACAUGCAUGGCCUUGCAUUGGAACCAGUUGACAAUAAUGGGCAUGGUCCUAACAAUACUCAGGCCACAAUAUCAGAGGCUGUCCGACAACAGCAUGAUGUCAUUGAUGGUUAUGAUGGCGUCCGUGUCAAACAAAUAGGUGGUUGGAUGUGGGAUGUCCUGUCUAAAUACUGGAUCAUAGCGUGUGGCUUGAUGCUAUUACUUAUGGCCCUUCAGGAUGUUGUCAUCUACAGGAUCAUCUACAUGAUCUUUUUCCUCUACUUUAUACUCACCUUCCAGUUAUGCUAUGGCUUCUGGAGGAUGAGCAUGAAGGUCUUCUGGUGGGUUUUGAUAGUCUACUCCAUGUUUAUACUGUGCAUAGUCUACACUUAUCAGUUUGACCAGUUCCCCCAAUAUUGGCACAACAGUACUGGAUUAUCUAUGGAAGUUUUGUCUGACAUUGGCCUCAGUACACUUGACACUGGUACCCUCUUCCUCCAGCUUCUGACUCCGACAGCUUUCAUAAUAGUCGUCAUUAUACAAGUCCACUACUUCCACAUACCAUUCCUGAACAUGAGCGCCAUAGAUAGAUACAGGGCCUCAGACACCAACCCUGUCGGUGAGACAGUAGUAGACACAGAGCCAGCUGGACCAAGUGAUGGCACAAAGGCAGAAGAAGAGGAAGAGGAACAUGUAGACUCACCUGAUGCUUGUCAUGACCAACCAAAGACAAAGAAGAGUUGGAGUGCCAAGUUGUUAGCUUGGUGGAUGAAGAUCUGGAGCAAACUGAAUUUCUCCUUUGAUAUUCUCAGUGAUUUGCUAUGGAGAGUCAUAGAUGUCCACAUUCUUAAGAUUGUUGCAUUCACCAUCUUGAUGGUUUCAAUUGCUGAGAUCUGUGCGCUGAACUUUGUGUUUGUCGUCUUCCUGAUUGUGCUACUACCUGUUCCAAAGUUGAAUGCAGCUUUGCCUCAUUUUGUCCAAAUAUGGGCGGGUAUUGUUAUACUUGCCAAAAUGAUAUAUCAAUUGAGCAUCGUAAAGCGUGACUAUUGGUAUUCAAAUUGUACGAGUGUAUCAUAUGAUCAGGGUAUCCCUCCUCCAUUUAACUCUACAGCUAACAAUGCUAAUUGGUUUGGACUUGUGAAAACUGACAAUAUCUCACAUUAUCUGAGGAACCACAUAGCUCUGGUUGCUCUCAUCAUAUUCCAAGCAAUAGUGAAAGUACACCAAGCCCAGUACUACAUGAGACCAAACAAGACACCUCCAGAAACUAAGUACCCUGGAAAAAUCUUCCCAGAGAUUAGGCGUCAACAUGCAGACGAGGGCUUGUUAAAUUGUGCAAAGUUUUUACUCAAUUUUGGAUUCUACAAAUAUGGACUUGAGCUCUGUUACACAAUGACUGUCAUCACUAUUUGUGUGCGUCAAGAUGCAUUCGCUGUUCUCUAUGGACUACUUCUUGGCAUAUUACUACUCCUCAACCGAAGAGCUUCAUAUAUACUCUGGCCUAUUUACGCCAUAUUCUUGGCAAUAUUAAUCCCAAUACAGUAUUUAUCUUGCCUUGGCUUCCCAUUGGUGCUUUGCUGGGGAUAUCCGUGGGAUGAAGUGGCUGAGUUCAAGAGAAAUCUUGCUUGGUGGAUGUUUCUUCCAGAUUACAUCCACCCUCCUGAUCAUAAUAAACUUGUUGUUGAUUUCUUCCAACUCUUAUUUGUGGUUCUCCAAUGGCGAGUAUUCACCAUAGAAAAUAGUUCCAGAAGUGUGGAGGAAUAUGGGGGAGGUGAUAACAAGAGUAUUAUGAAAGAUGUGUUAACAAAUGCCCCUAAUCCAGUCAAAGAUUUUACCUCAAAUAAGGAGUCCUACCUUGACUAUAUCAAGUCAGUGUUGUUUUUCUAUGGGUUCUGGGUAACCUUGGCGAUCAUCUUCAUCACAGGGACAAGUCGUAUCAGUGUGUUCUGUAUGGGCUACUUGAUCGCCUGCUUCCUGUUCCUGUGGUAUGGACAAGAGAUGCUCGUAAAACCAUUGCGUAAUGUGCUUCGCAUGUGGGAUGUCCUACUAGGCUAUAACUUCAUAGUGAUUCUGCUAAAAGCAGCAUUGCAACUAGUGGCAUGUGUGUAUGUAGAAAAUCUCAUAGUCAAUCAAUGCUGGCUGGUUCAACUCCUCAGCCUUGUCUGUCUUAAAGUGGAUACAUACCCAGAAACAGAUGUGAACCAAUCGGGUGACUGUAAACUGCCUAAUGAUGAUGCAGGUCUUACGUGGGAUGUGGUAUGCUUUGUGUUCCUCCUGGCUCAACGUCGUAUAUACACGUCACAAUAUUUCCGUCAUGUCGUCACAGAGCUUGAAGUCCAGAAUAAACUAGCAUCAAGGGGUGCCGAGUUGAUUAACUUGAAGCUGAUUGAAGCUGUGCUGAUGAUUAACAAGAGAGAGGAGUCUGUGUUGGCGAACAUAAAACGUAAAAUGACAAGAAUCAAGCUAAAACAGGAAGCCAUGCAGCAGAAGGCAGUUAUGGAACCAACAGAUCAUUAUAUAGCGAUAAGAGGCGGGGAUUAUUACAUGUUUGAGGAUGAUUCUGAUACUGACGAUGAUGAUGACGAGUCUGUUAACAUUGCUGAUAUCAGACAUGAUAAACCCAAAUCAAAAGACAAGGAUGGACAACCAAAAAAUCCUCUGCAGAUUCUGAACACAGCUGUAGAAGAAGGCAUGGAUAAAGCUAUAGAAACAUCUGAUGAUCCUGCUGACCAAUCAAAAGGAGAGAAUGAAUCACAUGACAUCACACUUACUGAUGAAGUUGAAGCAGAACCUAAACAAGGUCCAUGUACCAAGAUAUUGAAUGGAUUUAAACUGAUCUGGGCUCUGAUCGCCAGUGGCAUAGACCAAGUCACAGGAUUGCUUAACAAAAUAUCAAAGGAUAACAGAGAUGUAGCAGAAAUACUAGAAGAUGAAAAACGAAAGGAAAAGGAACGCAUCCAUCCAAAUAUCUAUCCUUAUAAAAAGCACCGUGAGCUACAGAGGCAUGCAUCGGGCGAUCCCUCUUUACAUCCAAAUCAACCUGCAGCAGAUGUGGGCACAGAGGAACAGGACAAAAGACAACCUGAUGAACAUGAUGACACAGACAGACUUGUUGUUGUGAUCGAAGAUGACAUCCACGAACCUACAACCAGUGAUGAUGACCAUGAUGAAACAGCAUCCGAAAAAUUUGAAAAAACCCAGCCAAGAAUUUUCCAGCUCUUAUUGGCUUUGUUCAAUGCGCUUAUUGCUAAAUCAGAAUUAGUUUGUUACUUUGUGAUGAUUUUGAAUCACUUGGUGACAGCUAGUUUGCUGUCAUUGCUGUACCCCAUGGUUGUGUUCCUAUGGGCAACACUGUCUGUCCCUAGGCCAUCUAAGAUGUUCUGGAUCUCAACCAUUACAUAUACAGAGGCAAUUGUAGUUGUCAAGUAUUUGUUCCAAUUUGGAUUUUUCCCAUGGAAUAAUGGUGCUAUCCACGAAGGACCUUUCUGGCCCCCAAGGAUUAUAGGCAUUGAAAAGAAUGAUAAUUAUGCUGCUAUGGACCUGGUGCUCUUACUGGUUCUCUUCAUACAUCGCUCAAUACUCAAGCGCUAUGGUCUUUGGAAGGAUGCUCAAGACAUAGAAGAGGACAUGAAGAAAGCUGGUGAAAUGAGCCAACCUAACACCCCUGUAGCACCUAAGCCUAACCCCCUUACAUCAAGUAAUGAAGACUUGAGUGGCACCUCAAAUAGCCAUAGUUUAGAAUCUGGCCUUGAGGUGUCUCAGCAAGAUGACAUUUGCCCACAGAAAAAAGAAUCAGCUACUGAUUUUAUUACAACAUCUGUGGAAAAACUAGUUAGUCAGCUCAGUCAAUGUGCUGAAAGCAUUGAUGGGUUAAUCCAACAGUAUUCAGACAGGCCAUUUAGACGUAUAUUCAGGCCAUUCAUAGAGUUCUAUGAAGCAAUCCAAGAUCCUACAUAUUCUGCCGUCACAGAUGUAUAUGCGGCCAUGUUCUUGUGUGACUUCAUCACGUUCCUCAUCAUUGUGUUUGGGUACUCUGCAUUUGGGCCCCCUACCACAUCGACAAAUGCAGAUGUCACUACUGUCAUCAAUGAAAAUAGGGUUCCUGUACCAUUCCUUGUGAUGUUGAUUGUGCAGUUUGGACUGAUCAUAGUAGACAGAGCCCUCUAUUUGAGGAAACAAGUGUUUGCUAAAUUCAUCUUCCAAAUAAUCUGUGUCAUUCUGGUCCAUGCUUGGAUGUUCUUCAUAUUGCCUGCUGUCACAGAGAAGCGUUUUACUGAUAAUGUUCCUGCUCAGUUGUGGUACUUCACGAAAUGUGUCUACCUGGGACUCUCGUCAUACCAAAUAAGGUCAGGUUAUCCCACCCGCAUCCUUGGUAACUUCCUCACCAAGAGCUAUGGCUAUAUCAACCUCAUCCUUUUCAAAGGAUUCCUACUUAUUCCAUUCCUGCUAGAGUUGCGGGCUUUGAUGGACUGGAUGUGGACAGACACAACACUUGCUUUAACAAGUUGGUUACAGAUGGAGGACAUUUACGCUAAUAUAUUUGUGCUCAAGUGUAACAGAACUGCAGAGCAGAACUACCCCACACCUAGAGGUACGCCAAGGAAGGCCCUGGUGAAGUAUGGAUUUGGAGGCUUGCUCUUGUUCAUCAUCAUCUUUAUCAUCUGGUUUCCACUUCUGCUCUUCUCCUUUGCCAAUACUGUCUACGUCCCCAACGCUCCCAUAGAUGUCUCUAUACAGUUGUCCAUAGGUGGAUUUCAGCCUUUGUUUCAUAUGAGUGCCCAGAAUAACUUCCUUCAGCAGUAUACCCCAUAUGAGUUCAACAAACUUAGAGAUACAUUUGCCAGAGAUAAGGGUGCAGUAGGUUUCUUAUCCAGCUACAAACCUGAGGAUACAAUGCUGGCUAAAUUAAAUGGUGACUCUACAGCUGUCUGGGGAGUCAGCCCUCCAAGCUUGGAAGAACUUGGAGAAACAGUAAAUCCUGCAUUGAAUCCAAGUCCUGUCAUGUUAGAUUUUUCUAUACAAGUAACUAGAGAGACAAAGCCAGGUGUGUCAUCAGCUACUGUAUCUAACCAAUUCUCUAAGAUAAUGGACUUUAGUACGAGGGAGAAACUUGCAAAAAUGUUAAACAUGACAGCAAACUCUACUACUAUUAAGGAGAAAAUAGAGAUUAAAGAUGUGUUUCCAACAUUCUUAAGGGUGCCAGCAGAUAAAGAGCCUAAGGCAGUUACAAGUCUGAACAAUGGGGAUUAUAGUGACAUCAUAAUGUCUCUGAGACAGGGGACAUUCGAGGGGUUAUCAGGAGACAGGCAAUGGUGGGAAGUCCAUGAAAAUAUUACAAAUCCAAGUAUUUUCCCUGUGAGGUUACAAAAGGGAGACCACAAUCAACUUCUCAUUGUGUUGUUCAGUGACAGGGUUGCACCAGCUGCCAUUUCAUUCCUGUCAAGUUAUGGAAUUGUAGGUCUGUACAUCUCAGUUGUAGUCGUCAUUGGACGAUUUGUUCGAUUAUUCGUAACUGGAAAAUCUUACGCCAUCAUGUUUGAAGAGCUCCCAAAUGUAGAACGUGUCUAUACAUUACUCAACAACAUUUAUAUGGUGAGAGAAUCACUAGAAUUCUUAUUAGAGGAGGAACUAUUUGCAAAACUAAUAUUCUUAUUCAGAUCACCACAGACUAUGAUAAAAUGGACAAAGUAUAAACAAAGUUAGUAGUCAUGAUUUAAGAUCGUCUGAAUAAAAUCAUAAUUUUAGGGGAAUCUUCCAUAAGACUGUAACACACAUGGUUCGGUGAUAUGUUAAAAAGUAACAUAGAUUUAAGGUCCCUGAGUAUUUAUACAGUGUACACAUAUAUAUUCAGUGUAUUAAAAACCUUGAAGAAUUCUAAAAUGUGCAUGUUGAAGUGAAGAAUUGGGACCAUUGCUAAAAAAUUAUGUAAUCACAACAUUAGGACACUAACAGUUGAGUCGUAAUUCGGCAUGUAUUUAUUGGCCUUUAUUCUCUUUGCAUUCCAGUUGAGCUACUCAGAGCUGACUUCUGUCAGUUCAGUAGAGUAAACGGCAGACAAUUAUAUCACGGACUUGAGUCAAUGCUUCUUUCGAAACUUACUUCCAUAUAAUUAUACCAGGAUUGGAAACAGGAAUUUAAAAAGAUAAAGUUGCCUUUUUAUUUCCUGAUUCAUCUUAGUGACUUGAACUUGCAAAGCUGUAUUUACCAGAUUCUUAUUAUAUCCCAUCACUUGAAAUUAUAAGUGUAUGAUCUAUUAGCCAACUGUUUUUUGUCAACUGGUAAGAUUCAGUCAGAGUUUUGGAAAUGGAUGGCGCAAUCAGAACUAUGUACAUCAGUCUAUAUCAUGAUGUCCAAUCAAAUAACAGGAUAUGAACACGUGAUCAAUCACAAGCACAUGUUUUUUAAGAGUUAACCAAUGAUACCUGUUUCUGAAGAGUUGGUCACAUGACCCUCUGGGCCAGCUGCCUGUUUUCAAUCCUGGUA